CUGAAGAGUUAAAAUACCUGCAGCCCAGGCUCCACCUCAGUGAGUUGAGGGGAGGAAAGAGGCAGAGAUCUGCGGAGCAGGCCAGUGAGCACAGAGGGCUCUGUGUGCCGGCAGGGAGGAGGGCAAAGCCAAGCCAGCCCUGUGAGUUCCCAGCAGCUGUGUAGCCCCAGGACCAGGAGGGAAGGAGGGAGCCUCUCAGGAUCCAGCAGCACCGCUAGCUCAGUCCCAGGACCCCAGCAUGUUGCAGUGGAAGAAGACGAUCUACAAAAGUGUCUGCCUGUCCUUUGUGCUGGUGAUCAUGGUGACAGUGCUGCAGAGGGGGAUGACUCCUAGCCAUUUCAUGCCAGGCCAGCAGCAGAAAGAAUUGCACCAAGAGCCUGUGAAAGCUCAGAAGAGAGAUGACAUCUUCUCCAAGACCGGCCACUUCUGGAAGAGCAAGAUGGAGAAGACCCACCUGGAGGCGGAGGGAGUCACUGAGAACCAGGUGAAAUCCUGGGAUGUCACCAUUAUCAAUUGCACGGCCAACCAGAACAUGAGCAAGAUGGACUGGUUCAAGGGGCUGGAGCCCAACUUUCAGCAGUUCCUGCUUUACCGGCAUUGUAGGUACUUUCCCAUGCUGAUCAACCACCCAGAGAAGUGCAGGGGUGACAUUUACCUGCUGAUUGUGGUCAAGUCCAUCAUCACGCAGCACGACCGGCGGGAGGCCAUUCGAAGGACCUGGGGCCAAGAGAAGGAGGUGGAUGGGAAAAAGAUCAAGACUCUCUUUCUGCUGGGCACGGCCUCCAAAGAAGAAGAGAGGGCCAAUUACCAGAAGCUGCUGGAUUAUGAGAACCACAUCUAUGGGGAUAUCCUACAAUGGGAUUUCCUGGACAGUUUCUUCAACCUCACCCUCAAGGAGGUCCAUUUCUUAAAGUGGCUCAACAUCUACUGUGACAGCAUUCGCUAUAUCUUCAAGGGGGAUGACGACGUCUUCGUCAGCCCCAGCAACAUUCUGGAGUUCCUGGAGAACAAAAAGGAAGGAGACCUCUUUGUGGGAGACGUCCUGUACAAGGCAAGGCCGAUCCGGAAGAAAGAGAACAAGUACUACAUCCCCAGCGCCCUCUACAACAAGAACAAUUACCCACCCUAUGCGGGUGGUGGUGGUUUCCUCAUGGACGGGCCCCUGGCCAUAAAGCUCCACAAGGCCUCAGAGACCUUGGAGCUGUACCCCAUUGAUGACGUCUUCCUGGGGAUGUGCCUGGAGGUCCUCAAGGUGGAGCCAGUCAGACACGAGGGCUUCAAGACCUUCGGCAUUGUGAAGAACAAGAACAGCAAGAUGAACAAGGAGCCGUGUUUCUACCGGGACAUGAUGGUUGUUCACAAACUGUUGCCCCUGGAGCUGCUCCAGAUGUGGAGCCUGGUCCACAGUAACUUAACCUGCUCCAGAAAGCUCAACGUCCUUUAGCGUGUGGCUUCCCUGAGGAGCUGCGUCAGGAAGGGCUGGAGCAGCUGGAACCUUGUCCUGCAGGGCGAGGGGAAAGAACCUAGAACCAGAUGAAGGCAACAAACUGUUUUGGGACUACUCCAGAGCCUUCCCUUCCGGCAACGAGAGAAGAGAGACUGUGUUCGGGGGGAGGGAAGGUUUCUAAUGGGGUACUUUUGUACUGUACUGCGUUUUUUUUAUCCCCAACUGGGUUGGGGAGUCACUGAAAAAGAAAAAGGAGAAUGAGAGAAAAGAAAAAGAGAGAGAGAAUGGGGAUCAUCUUGGGGGAAACUUCUGGAUGACACAUUUCAGGAAAGAUGUGGUCAAAUUGGAAAAAGUCCAGAGAAGAGCAAUAAAUAUUAUAAAAGGUCUAGAAAACAUGACCUAGGAGGGAAGAUUGAAAAAGUUGGGUUUGUUUAGUCUGGAGAAGAGAAGACUGAGAGGGGACAUGAUAUGUUUUCAAGUACAUAAAUGGUUGUUACAAGGAGGAGGGAGAAAAAUUGUUAUCGUUAACCUCUGAGGAUACGAGAAAAAGCAAUGGUCUUAAAUUGCAGUAAGGGUGGUUUAGGUUGGACAUUUAGGAAAAAACUUCCUGUCAGGGUUGUUAAGCACUGGAAUAAACUGCCCAGGGAGGCUGUGGAAUCUCCAACACUGGGGAUUUUUAAGAGCAGGUUAGACAAACACCUGUCCGGGAUGGUCUAGAUAAUACUUAGUCCUACCCUGAGUGCAGGGGACCGGACUAGACGACCUCUCGAGGUCCCUUCCAGUCCUAUGAUUCUGACUGAAUGGCACAUGCCCUGCCCUGCAGCGUCCCUGUGUCAUCCUCUUGCCUGGGAGCCCCUGAACAGAGGAAUGCACCUGGUGUGAAUUCCUCAAAGAUUUCUCUCUCCUAGGGGGAAGGAGAUGGGGGAUUGCGAAUUUCAAAACAAGCACACAGUGAAUCGCAAUUUGGUCUGGCCAGCGCAGUUGCACGCUGCCCCAGAACAAUAGUCUGCAGCCACCCCCAUUCUAAGGCUUCAUUUGCCUAUGGCUCAUCAUCGCCUUGGACAAGUACCCUUCAACUGCUGGUCACACCGUUGUCUCUCCAGCCAAAGGCACAGUCUGGAGUCGGCUACCCCUCCCCCUAGCGUUGCCAAUUUUGGUUGGCUGUGUUCCUGAAGGUUUCAUCACAUGACAUAAUCUUUAAAUGAAGAUUAAUCUUUAAGUCCUGGAGACUCCAGGACAAUCCCGGCCCCGGCCCCGGCCCCGGCCCCAGGAGACAUGACCCUCCCCGCCCCGGUGGGCGUGGUGCCACCCCUGAGCUUUGUGAUGCUAGUUCCACGGAGGGUUUUCCUUUCCCUCCCUGUGCCAGCGGCCGUGGCCCCAGAGACUCUCUGAGGACACUGCCAGCGGCCUGACAGUGGCACCGUUCCGGGGGGGACUGUAGCCAAGGGCGGGAGGCCAGUUCGUGGGCAGCCGUGCAACCACGGCAACGGGUGCUAGGCUUCUCUCCCACCUGAGCAGAGGGCAGGCUGGAGUCGGGGCUGGAGGUCUACAGCCCCACCCUGGGCCCUCAGUGGAGGGCGGGAAUGGGACAGUCUGUUCUAGGUAGAAGUCAACAUUGGGGUUAACCCCAGCGCCAGGAAAACCUGCCUUGAAAGGUCCACUGGUAACACUCCAGCAGGCAGCAACACACCUGCUGCAGGAAUACACAUGACCAUGCACCCCCACCCGUUACACCUGCAAAGACACAGCUACAUCCGUGCACACGCGGGUGUACAGACAUGUCCACGCACAGCCCCACAGUGAGAUGCACAUAUACACAUGCACAGGCAUGGCUCACAGAUGUCACGCAGUCCUGUACACGCAGGCGUGCUCAUGUACAUACACGGGCCAGAGCAAAGCCGUCGGUGUGAGCAUAGCACGUUGCAGCAUAGACACAACGGGACAUGGAUGUGUGCGCACUCACGGAUGGGUGAGCACACAGCCUCAUAUGUACCCCGAGCACGCAGAGAGAAACACACCCUCUCUCCCUGGUGCCAGCCAUUGAAAGGAAAGUACUCCUACUACCUCAAAGGUCCCCCUGUGCAGCACCUUUUGAAUGUGGCCUGGAAACGUGCCGGUUUCAUUCACUCCAAGUCUGUACGUUCCCCAGGUUAGAAAACAAACAAGAAA